AUGUCUUCUUUCGACGGCAAGGUCAUUAUUGUCACUGGCGCGGCCUCCGGUAUGGGCCUUGCUACAUCUUUGACACUUCUCUCUGAAGGUGCAAAAGUCGGAAUGUGCGACUUGAACGGUUCGGCUCUCGAGAAAAUAUACAGCGAGCUGGAUCCCAAACUCCAAAGUCGUAUCUUCACCAAAUCCGUUGAUGUUACCGACCGUCAAGCCGUCAAGCGAUACCUGGAGGAGAUCAAGUCAAACUUUGGAAAGCUCGAUGGUGUUGCGAACUUCGCAGGUACAGGAGGCCACAAUAUCGGGACUGAGUCGAUUUGGGAAACGAGCGAUGAGGAAUUCGACUUCAUCACAAACCUCAACGUCAGAGGGGCGUUCAACGUCUUCGCCGAAACUCUCAAGCCAGGCGUUUUGGCUCACGGGGGAAGCUUCGUUCAGGUCGGGAGCAUGUUUUCUCUUCAGGGGUUCUUGAGAGGUGCCGUCUUCGCCGCUUCUAAGCAUGCGUCCUUGGGCAUGGUGCGGAGUGCAGCUAAGGAAGUCGGAGAUAGAGCCAGAGUCAACUGCGUAUUACCAGGUGCUAUUGAUACACCUAUGCAUCGCGCCAACCUCGAAAGAGUGCCCGACUUACCAGCUCCAACUCUGGUCGGUACAGCACAAGAAGUUGCAGAUGUCACAAUGUUUCUUCUAAGUGAUAAGAGCACAUUCGUGAAUGGGGCGGCUUGGAGUGUCGAUGGUGGCACUAGCCUUUGA